CGAAAGCAUAAUGAUUUUUGGAUUAGUGGGAAUGCCGCCUCAGUGAGACAGAGAGAAAUGCACUGUCGGAGGUGACAGGACACAGAGUGUCCCAACUCGGACUGGUUUUCGAGGACUGUCGUGAAAGCAACUUUGGUUCUCCAAAGAUCUCAGCUUACACCAGCAAUAAGAAUCUAACGACUGAGUGUGUGAGCGCUGAACAUUGCAGAUACAUCAGGGAUUGCCACACAUGUCCCUCUCAGUCAAACAGUCACGUGUCUCUAGAAGCGGGACAUCUGAAGCAAACACAUGUUGUGAAGACAGAUGAGAUGUUCAUUGAGGGAAAUGGAUCAUAUUUGUGUUCUAACACUGAGGACCUUUCCGUGAAGACAGGAGAGGGAAGCAAUACAAUUCCCCAGUUUGCUAUGCCAUUUGCCCCACUCGGUAUUGGAAGUACUUUCCUCUAUCAUAGUGUAUUGAAAGACGACGACCCAAAGGCUGACUUAGAUUUUCCUCUAAAAGGAAUUACUAAUGAUACUGAGAUAUCAUCAAUUGAGCAAGGUCAAAAAUCAGUCAGUAGUGACGAUUCUUCUGAAGACCAUUUUCACACCUGUCCAGACCAGUCUUUACCUUCAUCUUGUGGAGAUUCAGAUGAUCCUUCUAUAAAGGAUUCUAGGAGAAAAACGGAGAACAUUGAUACCUGUGACAUUAGUAAAGAACAUUCUAAGCUGCUUUUACUAACAAGAGAAUGUUUUAUGGUAUCAGAGAACAAACGUGUUGCAUAUGUCACUCUAGACUUGGAUGAACCCAGAGAUUUUACGUUUGGCCAGAGUCUGCAGUCCUUUUCAAACCACGCAAACAUGCCUCACAAAACCUCAAAGGCUUCCUUGGAUGUUAAAACUCGCUCUAAACAUAAGGAGAAAUCGGGUGACCAGCAGCAUGAGAAUCAAACAAAGAUCAAAGACAAUCUUUUUUCGCAAUCCCAAGCGAAAAGUGAAUUCAUUUCAGAAAAAGCAGGUUGUGAGGACCGUGCUGUUACUGUCAUUGAAACCAUUGUCAUAACAGAGAAGAUCACUCCCAAAACCCAGGUGAAAAAGAAAAAGAAGCACACACAACAUGGGGCGGCAAAACAUGAGAAUGAUCUACCAACCGAGGUAUGUAGCAGAACCACUCAGGAGAGCGCAAAUGGAAAGACAGAGAACGCUGACGUAAAGCUAGCAUCAAAUGGUCUGAAUAAACCAGCAUCUCAUCUUCCCACUAGGAUGGAUCCUGCCAACACUGAUAGCACACAGAACGUCAUGCCAGUGAGACCCAAAGUUGAAGUCAGUCUAAAUAUUGUGGCCAAAAUGGACCCUGCCGGCAUAAACACUAAUCAGAAAGCCAUCCAUGUAAAACUCAAAGCAGACACCAGCGGAAGUAAUGUUGCCAAGAUGGAAAAUAAGAUAUGCGGUGCAGAUCCUCAAAGCACGCAUUUGCUGAAUGAUGACAUCAAACGCAGGCGAAUCGCAAACGACCUGUCUGGAGCAAUUCCAAUAAAGACAAGACCGCAGUUGCCUGCAAUUUUUCGCCAAGCAAGAAAAGAUGGUCAAGAUACUUCCAAGAGGUCUUACAGUGAGGUCGUCAAGCAGAAGACUCCACCACCAAAAGAAGUUGUGGUUCCUCGUGUGGUCUCAGAGAUCCAGGCUGAUCCAGUUCCUGAUGACCCUCAGAAUAUCUCCCUCUGGUGCCAGGUCAGUCCAGUCCUACCUGAUGUCACCAUUAAGUGGACUAAAGAGGGAACAGUGCUAUCAGAGAGCAGGAAAGGAGUGGGAGACAGUGACCGUUUCACACUGACCAUUAAAAAGGCCUGCAGUAAAGACCUGGGACUGUACAAAUGCAGCAUGACCAGCUCUGACAUUUCUGUUUCUACCGCAGAGUACCACCUCACCUCUGAGGUGCUUAUGGAACUUGUCAUCCCGAGCCACGAUCAGCCAGCUGAGCCCAGGAUUUUGGAUGGGGAAGAAGAGAGUAUCCAAUGCAGUCCGCUUCUCUUCAAGGAAGAUUUUCUAUCGGAUCAGUACUUUGGAGAAAAUCAGGCAGCUAGCAUUUUAACAGAGAAGGUCCACUUUGGUGAAGGCAUGCACCGCAAGGCAUUCAGGACCAUGCUUAGAGCAGGCAAGUUGCCAUGCUUCAACCCUGGCCAUCCCUGUGUCCUGAAAGUGCAUAAUGCAAUUGGCUAUGGGACCAAAAAUAAUGAAGAACUUGUUCAGAAGAAUUACAGCCUGGCUGUAGAGGAAUGUCAUGUGCAGAACACUGCCAGGGAAUAUAUCAAGGCAUACAACAGUGUGGCUAAGUCUGCAGAAUCAUUUGGAGAGGUUCCAGAGAUCAUCCCCAUUUAUUUAGUCCACCGGCCUUCCAACAACAUCCCUUAUGCCACUCUGGAGGAGGAGCUGUUGGGUGACUUCGUGAAGUACUCUGUGAAGGACGGAAAGGAGAUCAAUCUGAUGCGCAGAGACUCUGAGGCAGGUCAGAAAUGCUGCGCUUUUCAGCAUUGGGUCUACACUCAGACCGAAGGCAACCUGCUGGUCACCGAUAUGCAAGGUGUUGGUAUGAAACUGACAGAUGUUGGAAUAGCCACCUGUAAGAAAGGGUAUAAGGGAUUCAGAGGAAACUGUGCGACUUCCUUCAUUGAUCAGUUCAAAGCUCUGCAUCAGUGUAACAGGUACUGUGAGCUGCUGGGCUUGACAUCCCUGCAGCCCAAACCAAAACGGACAUUUGUUUCCGCAAAGCCAAAAGCACAACCUGUGCCCAAGAAAAAGAUCUUUGGUCCUGUUCUGAAUGGCAAAUCCUGAUUGGAUUGAAUCCUUGAACUUUUGCUUUUAGGAUAAAUAUUUCAUUAGGAAUAGCAGUCUUGUUUUGUCAAUGAAGUCUUGCUCAGGGGAAAAUGUGUUUCGGGCUGUUUUACCUUAAGAUGCUGAAAGAGAUGACAUUCAUCUUUAAGGAAGUUAUGGAGGUUACUUCUGUGUUGAGAGUUAUUUAGUUCUAUGUUAUUUAAAUUAGAUAAAGUUUUAUGUUUGAGUGUUUGGAGGAGAGGAGUUUGUCAUUCGUCAUAACCAGCCUUAAAUAUGAAAGAAUAUUGAAAUUUGCUUUAGGAAUUAUCAGCCUACAGUGUAUUAUCAUGAUUCGUUAUGUUGAAAAGUUGUAAAACACUUUUGGUAACACUUUACAACAAGGUUCUGUUUGUUAACGUUAGUCAGUGCAUUAGGAAUGCUGAAUUAACAAUGAAAAAGUAUUUUAACCACAUUUAUUAAUCUUAGUUUAUGGUAAUUCAUCAAAAUACUACAAUUCACUAAUGUUAAAGUACACAAAUUUUUAUGUAAAAAAAAAAAUUAGGUAACACUUCACUACAAGGUUCUAUUUGUAAACAUAAUGAAAUGCUUUAGGUAUCAUUAACUAACAAUGAACCAGGGGCGGAUUAUAGCUAGCAAGUGCCCCGGGGCCAAUUUUCUUUUAGGGCCCCCUCGGUCCAAUUAUCUUUCAAAGUUGAGAUCCACGCAGUCAAGUUUAAUUGAUUUAAGUCUCUUUUAAUACCCGUUCUGUUAUUUACAAUCAGAUUAACUCAGACAUACAGCACGGUCAUGGUAAAGAAUCUGCUCAACCGAAACAGGUUUGCUGAACAGCCACUGUUCUUAAAGAGACAGUAGCAUUUUAACGCUUGUUAUACAUAAUGUAAACUCAGUGUAAAUACUUGUAAAAACUACAAAUUAUGCAUACAAAAAACAAGAAUGUAACAAAAUGUGUAAUAAAUGUGUAAACAUGCAUAUAUUUAAAGGGGCAAUAAUACGUUAUGACAUAUUUUAACUUCAUCAAACACUUUAAAUAUAAAGAAUUUAACAAACAGGCUCCUAUAGCAUGUACAUAUAGGUUUGGUGAAACUUGGCAAAGAGUUCAAGCAGUUCUGGCUUGCGUUGCUGUAUCUUUUCUAACUCAUCUGAAUGCUGGGGUGCGUUCCAUUCAGAAGUGAUCAUCCCUACACCCUAUUUUAUUAAAGACUUUACCCUUCAUGAGAGCUUCAAAGGGCUGAAAGGUGUGGGGCUCAAAAAUAGCGAUAAUUUGGUCAUUUUAUUGUAAAUUCUGUUUGCAAUGACCCUACAGCUUGGCUACCAUUAUUAUUCUCCCACCGAAAAGCUCUGUGAAGGCAUCAUGUAAGCCAAAAUCCCUUAGAGUAGAUUACAUUAACAGAAUUUUUAAAUGAUCUAAGAGUCUGUUUUUGAAUGUUCAUGAUUUCAAACUUCAGAGAUCAAAACUUACACACAAGCCCUUUAAUCUGCUUUAAGAUGCUUUCUUUCUUUCUUUCUUUCUCUUACUGUAAGACCUCUACAAAUUUCCAACUUCAAGCACUUAAAACUACUUUAAACUUUCAGACAAAGUUUUGCCUCAACAAACUUUACGUUUCUAGGUCAGUACUUUUGUACCACACAAAAUAAAAUAUCAGUAUCUUCUUUUUCCCAAUCACCUAAGCUCAGUUAUUUUUUGUAAUAUUGGGGAGAAAUGCAGAACUUUAUAUUAGGUUGCCUUAACUACUAUCAGGGUUGGGAGGGUUACUUUUGAAAUGUAUUCCACUACAGAUUACAGAAUACAUGCUGCAAAAUGUAAUUUGUAACUUGAUUACUCAAGGUCAGUAAUGUAUUCUAAAUACUUUGGAUUACUUCUUCAGCACUGGUAGAUUUUUUCACUUGUUUUGACUAUAAAAACUCUGUCAGUACAGUAAGACAAAAUACACAUGUUAAAAAUACAUUCUCUGAAAAACCUAAAUAUCUUAUGCAGUGUUGUUUCUAAAACAAGAUAAAUCAAAUUGAUCACGUUUUAAAGAUUUUUAGAUAUUUUUACCGGAAAACAAUGAAAAAAAAUAUUAUCAAGAAUAUGAUUUUUGCCCUAAUAUCAAAGGUCUUACUAGAAAAAAGAAAUUAUGAUCCAAUGUGAAUUUUCUUGAUAAAAAAAUAUGAUCGUGCCUGGUAACGUGUGCAUGUAAAAUGGCUAGAAAUAGCAUUUUAGCUUAGUGUAAAGCUGACAAUUUACACAAGGUUUAUUUCUAUUUCUUCUGCUCCAAACUUACUUCAAACUUACUUCUCUGUCUGCUCGUAUGAAUAUAACACAUCAUAAGAAAGUGUUUCACCGCUGCUCAAAUGCACUUUAGAUUGCAUCGUUUAUAUGUAUAAAUGUUUUCCAUAUGAAAGGACUAAAUAUUCAAUGAAACAAAUGACAAUAAAAUGCAAAGUAAUCUCUUCAGUAAUCAAAAUACUUUUUGAAUGUAACUGUAUUGUAAUUACCAAUGAUUUAAAUUGUAACUGUAGUGGAAUACAGUUAUUAUAUUUUGUAUUUUAAAUACGUAAUCCCGUUACAUGUAUUUUGUUACUCCCCAACCCUGACUACUAUGUACUGAACCAUAAUACAUUGUACUUAAUAUGUGCAUACAUGUAGUUGCAUUGCAAUCACAUUUAAAGUAUUUGCAUUUAAUUACAUUUGUUAAUUACACUGUUAACUUUAUCCCUAACCCAACUCUUACCCCAAAACCUAACUCUAACCCCUAACCCUAAAGUGGUAGGGCCCUUACUCUUAAACCUUCCCGUACCUCAACCUCAUUAGCAGCAAAUGUGGGAAUUUUGCAGAACAACAUGUAGUUACACAGUAAAUGAAGGGGUGACAGAGCUUACACCCCCCAUUACUAAAAAUACCAGGAUUAAUAAGUGCUGUAAAAUUAUUAUUCAUUAUUAGUUCAUGUUAACUUGUGUAGUUAACUCAUGUUAAAAAAUCCAAACUUAAUGUAAAAUGUUACUAAAAUGUAAUUGUAUAUGUAGAAGUUAACGUAACCAAGAUUAAUGAAUGCUAAUGAAUGCUUUGUAGAUAACAAAUGUUAACAAAUACAACUUUGUGUUAAAAGUGUUACCACUUUUUGAAUGUACCAGUGCUGCUGACAGCUUAUUCUUUACAGUUAGCCUACUGGAAUUUUUGUAUGAUUAAUGUGCCAGUAUAUACAGUAAUAACAUAGGAAACUUUUACCAAUGUUAUUUUGAUGCAUUUUAUUAUAAGUGCAAUGAAAAAAAGUAUUUAAAGUUUACGUAUGUAAAAUGUUAAAUCAUAAACAUAUUUACUUUAUGUGUGAAAAGAAUCCAACAAGGUAAAAGAUUAUUGUUAGACUUAAAUGAAAUUGUUACAAUUGAAUGUUGGAAGGUGAAUGGAAGCUGCUGAUUUUGAAUGUUAAGAUGCACAUCUUUCAUUAAUUCAUUCUUUCUUUUUCUUUCUUUCUUUCUUUCUUUCUUUUCAGAGUUUAUAGAGUUAAUAUACACUCACGGGAGAAAGAUAGGAACUGUACUGUAGGAUAAGGUGUUGAAUCUGAUGCUAUGGAAAACUUUGUACACUUGCCCUAGUAAACAGCUGUUGAUUUGCCUUAGCAAGCAUGACAAACCUUCCACCUUAACGUUUCUAACAUCUCUCCAAAGUCAAAUGACUUAUUGCCUCAUUACUAUAUAUAAACGCAUACACGUGUCCAAAGCAAUGUAGAAUUUGUUAUAGAAAAGCUUGGGCUGCACAAAUCAACCAAAAUGUCUUUUACAUGAAACACUGUGAUGUUGCAAACUGUAUUCAGUUGAACGGGUUGCAUUUGUAAUUUAUUCUGAUAUAGUUAUGUGCAAAUAUAGUCUUAUAUUUAUGGUUGUGACAUACUGAGAUGUUAAGCUAGCCUUACUAACUGUGGAUUGAGGGUCAACGGUUAUUAGAUGCUUGGCUUAAUUUAACCACAAUCCUGCUCUUUUGACUUUUAAAGAUACUCUCUUCAGAUUUGUAUAUAAAUAAACAUAUUUUUUGUUUAUUGA